CGCCCGUGCGAGAGGGGCGGUUCCGGAUGUUUAGAAGCCGGUCAUGGCGGCCGCAAUUGUGGAUGCUGUGGCGGAGGGGCAAGAGGAGCCCCUCUUGGGUUCCCAUGGUGAAGACAGCAGAUGUGGGGAUGUUAUGGAAACACUACAGCAUUACAAUAGCCGGUGGAGAGCCAUUCGGAUAAUGUAUCUUACCAUGUUCUUCAGCAGUGUUGGUUUUUCGAUUAUUAUGAUGUCAAUAUGGCCCUAUCUUCAACAGGUAGAUAAAACUGCAGAUGAAAGUUUCCUGGGCUGGAUUAUUGCUGCAUAUAGCAUUGGCCAAAUGAUAGCUUCCCCCUUCUUUGGAAUAUGGUCUAAUUACAGGCCAAGAAGAGAGCCUCUUGUAGUUUCAACUGCUAUUUCAGUGGCUGCCAACUGCCUCUAUGCCUAUGUGCAUUUACCUGCUUCACACAACAAAUACUUAAUGCUGGUUGCUCGAGCUCUGGUGGGAUUUGGUGCAGGAAAUGUAGCAGUAGUGCGGUCAUACAUUGCUGGUGCCACCUCCCUUACUGAAAGAACUAGUGCCAUGGCAAACACUAGUGCUUGCCAAGCAGUGGGAUUCAUACUGGGACCAGUUUUUCAGACUCUCUUUACAUUCAUUGGAGAAAAAGGAGUCACAUGGAAAAUCAUUCAACUUCAGGUGAACAUGUACACAGCACCAGUUCUAUUUGGAGCUCUCCUAGGAGUUAUUAACAUUGUUCUUAUAUUUGCUGUAUUUAGAGAACAUUGUGUGGAUGACAUGGGACGGCCACAAAGCAGCAUUAACAGUGAAGUAGAAGAAAAUUAUGAGGUGGGUCAAGAUAAUCAAGGAAACAUUGACCAGGUGGCUGUUAUAUCAACAAACAUUCUUUUCUUUGUCACCUUGUUUGUUUUUGCUGUCUUUGAAACUAUAGCUACACCAUUGACAAUGGAUAUGUAUUCCUGGACCAGGAAGCAAGCAGUGUUUAUCAAUGGAUUAAUCCUUGGUGCAAUUGGCAUUGAAUCAGUCAUUGUAUUUUUAGCAGUUAAAGUACUUUCCAAAAGAACUGGUGAACGUGCUAUACUUUAUGGAGGCUUAGUGAUUAUCUUGGUUGGAUUCUUUGUCUUAUUACCUUGGGGAAAGCAAUUGCCUAAUAUUCAGUGGGAAGACAUAAAGAAUAAUUCUAUUCCAAGAAUGACCUUCAGUGAAAGCCUUGCAUUUUCCUGGAAAGUGCAAACACAUCUUCCAUCCAAUAAUACUGUUGAAGCAACAGGAUGUCCUAUUAUACAAUCCUGGUGCCUCUAUACUCCAAUAAUCUAUCUGGGACAGUACAUCACUACUGACUUUCUAAUAGGACUGGGUUAUCCAGCAUGUAAUGUCAUGUCAUAUACGUUAUAUUCAAAAAUCUUAGGACCAAAGCCUCAGGGUGUCUACAUGGGCUGGCUAACUGCCUGUGGAAGUGGUGCACGUAUACUUGGCCCAGUGUUUGUUGGCCAACUCUACACUCACUUUGGACCCCGCUGGGCAUUCGGCCUGAUCUGUGGAAUUGUUGUUCUCGCUCUCUUACUCUUGGAAGUAGUGUACAAGAGACUUGUUGCAUUUUCUGUCAGAUAUGAGAGGCUACAAGAGCAGAGUUCUUAGCUAUAGGUAACCACUGAUCAGUUUUGUGUUGAUGCAACCACUGUGUGUCACUGCUGAUGCCCAAGGACCUAUGGUUCUGCAACUUUGACAGACCAAUGCCCUGAAGAAAUUCCAUAUAGUACUAUUAAAGCGGCACAGGUUUGAAUUAAGUUAAGGUGAGUAACAAAAAAAAGUUUCACCAUUAUAAGCCUGAAAAUUCUACUGGCUGGGCUAAUACUAUGAAACCUGGCAUCCAUGAUCUAUCCAAUGAGGUCUACAAUACUGCAAAAUUUCAAACUGAUCUGAUAAAAAUUGCCACAAUACAGCAAGUUAAAAAGUGCUGAAAAUUAACCCAUUUGUCCUUUUUACUCCCAGCUGUGGCUCAGCAUUUUAUAUAUUUCUUCCAUAUUUUGGUGAAAACUACUGAUGAACAGUACUCAGUUUGUUGAGGAGAAUUGCCUUUUAUUGGUUUGGUAAAAUUUUGAGUAGCUGUUAAAAGGUUAUUAAGGUUUUUCUGUCCGUGAAAGCCUAUGACAGCAACUGCUGGCAAAGUUAUGUCAGGAAGGCGCCGUUUAAUUCUGAAGCUAGAAUGCUGCCAGUACUUCAAGGUUUCCAGAAGAAUUCUAUUACUGAUGGCUUCUAUGAGCAAUGCCUACUCUGUUAGCUAUGACUGUGACCUCACAAGGUGAGACUACAUAUUACUACACAGAUUGGGAUUCCAGCGUAGACUUUAAUCUUCUAAGCCUCCCCACUGUGGUGCCAAUCUGAACAUGCCCUAUGAUCAGUAAUGAUGUUGUGCAAUGCUACAAAUUCUACUUGCUUUCACAACUUACGCUCUGUGCACCCACACUUUUCCUUUAAUUGACAGUAGUUUGUUUAGCAGGCUAACUACCAGUAGAAUACUGAAAAUGUUGCGAUCAAAGUGGGCAACAAAAUGGUUUUGGUGUAUCAGGAGAUGUCAUUAGUCCUCAUUCUACUUACUGCUGCGGUGGUACUUUUAAAAAUGCCUUGAUUCUGUGAAUCAGGUCUUAUUGAAAGUGUUUUUCAAACCAAACUUGAAAAAGCUAUGUGUUCAUGCACUUUUAUAAUUAGCUACUUAUUCUAAAUUGUAAUGAAUAAUCUCCAACAAAAUUUAGUAGAAGCUUAUCCAGUAAAUAAAAUGAUCUUGCUAUGA